GGCGCGCGGCGAUGCGGGGCGGCGAGAGCGCGGGCCGCUAGCCGGGCGCGGGCCGCCAUGCUCCUCGUGCUGCUCGUCUGGCUGGCUCCAGUGACGGGCCUGGAGCCAGCGCUGGACUUGCUGGACGGCCUGCAGCUGCGCAACGUCAGCAGGCAGGGAGUGAGCGCGGUGCCCGGCCCGCAGCACUUCCGGACAGCCUUCUACCUGCAAGGUGACUACAGGGACCUACGGUUACCUCCUUCCUCUUUCCAACGAGCAGUCGAUCUCCUGCGCCACAACACUGAGUUCACCCUAGCAGCAUCUCUGCGUCAGGAGGAAGCUAAUUCAGGAACUAUUAUUGCCUUUUCACAUGGUUUUAACAGGUAUUUGGAGCUGCAGUCAAGUGGUAGGAAAGAUGAAAUUCGUUUACACUACACAGCUCAGUAUGAUGCAACCAUCCAUGUGGAGGUAUUUCCAUACAGACUGGCAGACAAUAUGUGGCAUAAAGUGGCUCUUUCAGUAUCAGGUGCUCAAGUUGAACUCCUAGUUGAUUGCCAAAUACUUUAUCGUCGGUUAAUUCGGAUGCCUGAUCGUAAUUUUACUGCACCACAGUUAUCACUAUGGGUUGGUCAGAGGAACAGCAAGCAUUCCUUCUUUAAGGGUGCUGUAGAAGAAGUACGUAUCAUUGCUGGCCCUCAUGGAUACCUGAAGCAAUGCCCUCUGUUAGAUUCAAGCUGCCCUACAUGUGGGCAGUUUUCUUUGCUGCAGAGUACAGUUGAGCAGCUGACACAGAAUCUGUAUGAUCUCUCACAAAAACUCAUUGCAGCAGAAGAACGAAUAAGUAAAGUUGAAUCAUGUGAUUGCUACAAGUCAUGCCGUGUCAAUGGGUCAAUACAUACAGAUGGUGCAUCUUGGCAACAUGAUUGUGAAAUUUGUUCCUGUGUGCAUGGAGAUAUUCAGUGUCGACCUGUGCAGUGUCCAGAAGUCAACUGUAAGAAUCCUGUCCGUGAACCCGGAAAAUGCUGCCCUGUCUGCCGAAAACAGUGUCUCUUGAGAGGAGUGAUGUACGAUGAUGGUGAAUCAGUGAACCUACGCACUUGUGUGGACUGCCAGUGCCGGAAUGGUUUCAUGCAUUGUGUACGCCGUGAUCCAAACAUCACAUGUCCGCCACUUCCUUGCAGCCCACAGGAGCAGUUCUCUGUUCCUGAGGAAUGCUGCAAAUUCUGUCCUGGGGUGGAUUACUGCAAUAAGGGACAUAUGUGCCAUGAAAAUGCUACUUGUCUCAACUUACAAACUACUUAUGCAUGUCACUGCAACACUGGAUUUUCUGGGGACGGUCAUUUGUGCCAUGAUGUGGAUGAAUGCCAGCAAGAAGGCGGACUCGAUGGACAUCACUGCCAUUCCAAUACUCGCUGUGUCAAUACUCCAGGCUCUUAUGUAUGUGAAUGUUUGCCUGGUUAUCGACGUCUUGAUAAGUUCAAUUGUGUGGAGUUGGAUGAAUGUAGCACAGGAGAACAUGGAUGCCAUAGCCAUGCUUCGUGUGUCAACACACUGGGAAGCUACCGCUGCCAAUGCCAGCAGGGCUAUGAAGGCGAUGGAUACAACUGUAAACCUGUGUGCAAUCAGACCUGCUUGAAUGGUGGAGAGUGCAUUGCACCAGGAAAGUGCCAGUGCAGACAAGGUUAUGUUGGUGACUAUUGUGAACAAGAUCUUGAUGAAUGUAGCACUGAGAUGCAUAACUGCCAUCAAAGCUCACAAUGUGUAAAUAUGCCUGGUUGGUACUACUGUCGCUGUAAAACUGGUUUCCGUGCAUUGCCUCACCACGAUUCUGUCCUGGGAGCGAUAUGUCAAGAUGUAGAUGAGUGUUCUGAAGGUCUCCACACAUGUCAUCCCUCUGCAAAAUGUAUUAAUACGGAAGGGAGUUUUCAGUGUUCUUGCAGUGAUACUGAAACACCCAACUGCAAACUAAGUUGUAUGUUUGAGGGAGAUGAACUGAUGAAUGGUGGAGUUGUGACCCCAAAAGGCAGACCAUGUCAUCGCUGUGAAUGUUCUGAUGGUGUUGUCUCCUGUCGUGAUCCCAUAUGUGACUGCAGCCAACGGAGCAGUCGCAAUGAUAAAUGUUGUCCUCAGUGUGAUCCUAGUGCAGCUUGCCAUCAUCAAGAACUGAGGCAUGUUGUGUUUCGAAGUGGUGAACGUUGGAUCUAUCAGUGCCAAACAUGUGAAUGUCUGUAUGGAGAGAUUGACUGCUGGCCAAUGGAGUGCCCUCCUCUGCUGUGCAGUGAGCCCAUACUGGCACCAGGUGACUGUUGUCCACGUUGUGAAGAUGAUCCCUGUCCACUGGAUAGAGGUGACAAUGGCAGUUCAGGACAGCCCUGUACAUAUGCUGGACACUUGUUUGAAUCAGGCAGCCAGUGGCAGAAUCCUCACGACAAAUGUAGUACCUGUAAUUGCAAAGAUGGGAGGCUUUGCUGCAGUUAUGACUACAGUUGUGGUGACAGCCAGUUCAACAAGUCUGCACAGCCUACUGGAAGUACUUCACAUUCUUUACAGCUUAAUAGUGUUAUUAGUAAAGUUCCUGAUGAAAAUUCCCAAGCUAGGGUGGCAAGCUUAUUGUCAUCGCAAGCACAAGUUCGGCAGAUUACUCAGUAUGCCACUAGCAACAAGACAGUGGACAAAAGGUUAUCACAACCUGGCACAGAAAUGCCAGAGAACAAGACAAAACACUUUGCUGCUAGUGCUGUUUCUAACAGUUGUGAUGAUGGGUCAUCUUGUAGUGGGGACAGCCCAAUGCCUAAGACUCCAGCUCUUCCUAAAAAUUCUGGAGGUGGUCAUAUUGACACAAUUCCUGAAAAAACUGGUGUUAGUGUGGGACAGAUUAUUGAAAGUGUUACAGAAAAGGCUGUGGAGAACACCAGCUCACCACAGGCUUCAAUGGAUAUUGACAAUGGUGAUCACGUGGCCUGAAUUAACAAAUGUGAAUCGGUAAGAGCGAAACUUGUGAUUCUAAGUGUAUGUGGUUCAGUAAUGAAGCCAAAAGAAGAAAUGAAAUAAAGUAUAAGGAAGCUUACUUAUGUGGUUGAGAAGAUCUAGUUUUAGUAGACCUGGGAGUGAGAGCAGCUGUUAGUUGUUUGCAUACAGGUGAGUGCCUGUCUUAGAUUCAGGUAAAUUAUGUUUGUGAAAUUGUUGUGGGCACAGUGCCUGUUGCUUGUGAAAGAGAACAUUUCCUCUUAAUAAGAUAAUACUUAUCUAAAUACAUAAACAGAACUGAAGUAUUAAUGUAGGCAAAUGUGUGGAACUGAGCUUUGUAGAUAUAUUUAUACACAUUUGCCUGUUGUACAUAAAUCUGUUACAAAGCUGACAGUUGUUUCUUUCUGUUCUGUACAGAAACUACAGUUGUGUAAGGGAUUUCCAUUUGAUAUAAAUCAUGUGAUUUUCCUAUGUUUGUACUGAGUUGUAAGUUAUAAAUAAUAUUUAAUAUUUGGUUAUUUUUGUGGUAUGUAAAGUACAGUUUACCAUUCCACAGUUUCAGCAGUGCUAACCAUCAAAACACUAUAGAAAAUCUGUUUGACUUAAUGAUGUAGAUUUUGAAUAUGUUAUUCAAUUAUGUGAAAAUGUCUAAAUUAGUAGAGUAUGUCGUGGAGAGAAUGAUUUAAGUGAAGGAGUUAACAGCAUUUUCAAGUGUCUGGGGACAGAAGGAGAUGUAGAGAGAGAGAGAGAAGAGAGAGAGAGAGAGAGAGAGAGAGAGAGAGAGAGAGUAUGGUUGAGUGUUUAAGUAAAUGAAUGACAUUCCUCAUAGUAAUAAUUCUGAUACUAACUUUCCACAAAGGAGGAAUCUUUGCAACAUAAAACACACGCCAUGUCUAAAAUUAUGUUAUUAGAGAGUAAGUGAAGUGCAUUGGUGAUAUUAUUGAAAAGAUGUACUGUUUUUUUCUGUUUUGGUUUUUGAGGAAGUCUAAACUGGUAGUGUUGCAUUAUUUGGAGUAUGAAAACCUAAAGAAAUGGUCUCAUAAUGGACACUCACUCUAAACAAUUUUGGAUGUUUGUGGAACUGUGUCAUAGAUAAUACAGGGAAACAGAAGCUUCAAUUGUGCAUUAUAACACUGUAAUUAAUGCAACAAAAGUUUGGUCUAACCAGUGAUACAUGAAUUUAAUCUGAAGUAAUCAGAAAUGCAUAAAAGUAUGAAACUGAUUAACUACUGUAUUUAUUACUCAAAAUAAUAGACCUUCUGUGGAAUUUUUGGAGAGCACUGCCUCAUAUGACUACCAAAUAAAAGUCAGUUUUCAAACAGGAGGGAAUAAGGAAAUUUGUAAGUUCAGACAUUUGAGUUCAUUUGCUAUGAUAUUUGCUUGCUGUAUAAUCAACAGCAGAUUGUACGCAAUAAAAGUCACUGCUUUGUUUAUAUUAAUCAAUAAUAAUUAAGUUCUUUCUUCUGUAUAGCUACUGAGCUAGCUGAAGAUUAGAAGAGAAAAGACUGAUUGUUCCAUAAUUGUCUUGCAUUACAAAAGUAAACUUGAAAGGCAGACUUGUUGUUAAAGUUAGGUUAAUAAAAUCUGUUAACUUAUCUACAACAGUUACACCAAGAAAAAUUUUUAAUCACACAAUAAUACAAUAUUUUUCAUGCUGUCUUUCAUUAUCAUCAUGGGGAAGUAAAAUGCAUAAAUUCACCUUACCUUGUAUUAAAAUUUGAAAAAUUAUUGAAUAUCUUUCAUAAAUAAUGGUAGCCAACAGUUUACAGAGAUCAUAAACUCCAAGUUACUGGUACAUGGAAAAAAAAUCAUCAAACAUUUUGGGCUAGAUUUUUGUUUUAGUUUAUCUGAGUAGAUAAUAUAUAGCACUGAAAAUAAUGAAUUCAGAUAAUAACAUAGAUGCAGUUAGUUGAGAGCUAAGUCAAUUGGUUAUAAUUGUGCUUUUUCCAUAUUGUACCACAGUGGUACAACUACAACCAUAUGUAAGCUGCAUUGUGUUCACUAUUGUUGUUCCCUGAUGUGACUGUGACAGGAAAAUGACUUUGGUUAAAAAAUACUCAGUGUUAAAUAUAAUGAAAGAAAAACCAAUGAAAUUGAGUUUUAUAUCUGAUCAAACUGCUGCGCACACAAAAUUUUUCUAAAGUCCUAUCAACAAAUAGCAUUCUGGGAAACGUCUUAAGUGAGAAUACCAUUCUGAAAGACUGAUUCAUGUGUAUAUAAACAUUUAUGGACUGGUUAUCAGUGAAAUAAGGAUAUAAGGGCUUAUUUUAAUUUCAAUAUACAUUGUAAAUGAUUCUAAUUAUUUUAUUCUCAUAUGGUAAAGUGAACAAUUUGUUUCAUAUACUUUAAAAAACGCAUUACUACUAGUGCUGCAGACAGUAAUAAUUUGUGUGGUUAGGGGCUGAUUUUUUGCAUUUAUUGCUACUGAUAAUGUACACAUCAAAUUUGAUGCUAAGUUUGCAUCUUAUUUAUGUUUGUGUGUUUAUUUCCUUUACUUUAUAGUUGAUGCACUGAAACUGUGCCAUGAAAUGCAAGAGCUUUAACUUGAUAUGAUCAUUUGAAAUAACUUUCUUUUAAUUUUUCAGUCACAUUCUUGUUGCAGAAAAACAUAACCAGUUCUUCUUGAUGAUUACAGCUAACUUUUCCAUAAAUCAUCAAAAUAAUUAUAUUAUAAAGUAUACUUAUUAUAUUGCAGAAGCAUAAGAUUGCUGCUAUUAUUUUGCAAAUAGCUCCACAAAAAUUGAAAUUCAAUGUUGCUAUUAACAUACUGAAAUGUAAUGAUUUAUCCUGUAUCACAAUAAUUCUACACAUAGGCAAUAUUCAAAGAAUUCCAGUUUCAGUACUACUAGUCAAGACUUGACGUUACAUCAGUAAAGAGUGCAGAUUUGUUGCAAGUUAUUCCAUUGCUUCAGAUACUGCAUUUUUUUAUUUUUUUUUCAUCUAGUCAAACUAUGUGCAAUAUUGUCAAAUUGUCAAUAAGUGAAAGUCAUUGAUGAGAAUCAAAUGCAUUAUUUAAAUGUCUUCCUAUCAAGUGACUGGAUUGGAGUGUGGAUGUAAUGCAUUAGACUUUAACAGUGCGUGCAUUAUCGUUAUAUAUAUGAUAUAUAAAUAAUGUGUAUUAAGAUUUUGAUAUGAUAUGAGGCAGGGAUCUGAUUGAAUUGUUAAUAUAUAAUUAAAUGCAGUGCACAGUUACUGCUGAUGUAUAUUAUUUCAAAUAUUUUUUUCUAGCAAUACAAAGAGAUGACAAGUAAUAUUCAUUUGUGGGCAGGUAACAGAUAUUAUGUUUACUGAUGUUUGUCAGAGCCUUAAUGAUCUUUUUAUGUAGAAAAUGCAAGGUUUGAAGGAAAUGUUUGGCUGUGGUUAGCUGCAGUAUUGUUAUAAAACUGAUGUUGGAAGCUUUUGGAGUGUUUAGUGACAAAUACUAUCGGUUUACAUUUAACAACAAUAACUGCUAUCUUAGUACCCAAAUGUCUUACAGAGAUAUUUUCUUUUAUGAAUCAUUGUGUAGCAUCAUAGAUGAAUUAAGUGCUCCCUUGACACUUUUAGUCUUAAAAUGUUUUUUGAUCCAUAAUACACACAAAGUAAUGAAUAUUUCAUGAAAAUGAAUUAAAUUUUUGAAUAUAAUUUUUAAUAAUGUUUUAGAUUUAUUUAGGAAAUCAAAAUAUUAUAUUUUAAGUUCUACUUUAUGUAAUAAUUUUAAUAGAUAUAAAGGAAAUUUGAAACCAUUUAAAAUAUUUUAUACAAAGACACACACACACACACACACACACACACACACACACACACACACACACACACACACACACACACCUCCAAGUGAAGCAACCAGCAUCUCUGUAUCACUACAAUUCUGAAAACUUAAGUUGUAAUACGCAGUACUGAUGACAAUGACUUUCUGGUGCAUCCAGUUUUGUACUGUGUUAAAAAAAAAUCUCUUAAAAUAUCACUGCUCAUAAGUGUAGCAUUAAAAUGAGGAAAAAGUCUUCUGUAGUCACUUCUUCAUUAUGACACAGUAAACUGUGAGUGGCCUUGUCAAAAUAUUUCUAGUUAUUUGAUCUCAUUGCAGCAGUUACCGAGCUGUAGGAUGAAACUCUUAUUUGGUGCUCUGCUAUAUAGUAUCUCAUUGAAUUUGUGUUCAUGUUAGUACAAUUAAUGUUUAUUGUAAAGAGAGAAUUUAUUUUGUGUGUUUGAGAUGUCAAGCUUGAAUGAAUGAGUAUGUAAUGGCCGCUGUCUUUUCUUUUUCGUACCCCACUUGUGCUUCAGAUUCUUAGUAAUCUUCAUGCAGCAUGAAAUUUGCUUAAAUAAUUUUUUUUUAUUUUAUUCAAUGUGAAAGGUACAUAUCCACAAAGAAAAAUUUGUUCAGUACUCACAGUGGUUCAGCAGUUUCAUGAAGAUGCAGAAUAUUUCUAAACCAUCUCACAAUUGCCAGAAUGUUUCUGUAAUGUUAUUUGUAAUAUGCAUUAUUUAUACCUUUGUGACUUCUGCAGCAGAUUUGAGUUAUUAUAGUACAACAGAUAAAUUUUAAUCAAGCUAAUUAAAAAAGUUUUAAAAUAUUUUGAAUGAUAAAAAACAUAUUUUUUUCUAAUGAUUGAUUGAGCUAAAAGGAUGGAAACUGCAUAAUCUGAAAUCAGAUAUUAAAGUAAUGAGGCAUUUUAUGCAACGACAGUAAACUUCUACAAUUCUGUUCAUCCUAGUAUCAAUGAACUAGCAAACAAGAUAUUAUAAAUUAUACAGUUUAGAAGAAAAUUGUUAUAUCUACAAAAGAAUGAACUGCUGAUAAAUUUUACCAGUUUAUCUGUGAGGCUGUUAUAUGCAUGAAACAACUGUAUCUGUUUAUAUUAUGUCAUUUUUAAUGCACAACUACUCCUAAUUCAGUCUUCCUUCCUCUCUUGGUUACUUCAACAUGUGUGAUACUAGACACAUUUACCUUUUAUGUACAUCUGAAAGUGGUUUUGUUUAGGCAGUCACAGAUUAAUGAACAAUAUGUUGAUAAUUUCAGUGUCAUUUGCACAUUUUUGCUGGAUAUUUAAGGCACCAUCUCUGUGAGUAUACAUAUGAAUAACAGAAUAUGUACUGACAUAAUAAUUACCAGAUUUCAUAUAAUUCAGGAUUCAUCAGAAUGUUUACAUACUAUUAAGUCAUUUCGGACUGUCAUGAGUGAUUUUUGAAAAAAAUAAAUAACAUUAAGUGCAGCAUUUGUGAUGUGUGCCUUAGAUGACCAAAUUAGGGUUCAUGUCUAAGAGAAGUCCAUGGUGCAUUACAUGCAGAAGUGUUGCUGCUGACUCAUUACCCUAGCUGCCUUGUUCUAUUUUCAGAUACAACAGCAUAAAAUUCCCUUUGCAAAUUUCAAGUCUUCUAUUUACAGAAGAAAUAUAUGAAAGGUGUGAUAUUUUUUUUAAAUUAUAUGAAGCACUGACUGUAUAUAGCCACUGUAUGUAUGUUACAAUACAGCCAAACUUGUGACAGCUGUGUGUUAUGAUUUUUACUAUGUAAGUUCAUUUUUUAUCAUUUUUAAACUUGUGCUGUAUUUUUGUUUUAUAAAUACAUUGUUUUUUAAGAAAUUGUAAAUUUCUAGUCAUGAAGAGUAAUAAAUUAUUGAAUGAAAGGGAAUGCUUGUUUUUCUGACUAUAUUUUAAUACUAGUAUUUCAGCCACUAGAUUUUGCUUCUAUCAUAAGAGCACUUUAAAAUUUCCUGUUGACACCCAUUUUCAAAAUACUGUGAUAAUAUAAAUGGGAUACUGGUGCUAAAUAUGUGACAUUCAGGAAUGCUAUCAGGGUGCUUUGUACAGUUGUGUUUUAUGUUAAUUAUUUUGUAAUCAG